GUGCGCGCGGACGGACAUGAUGGAUCACCUGAGCCUGGUGCCCUACGAGGGAGGCAGCAGCGCCGGCGGUGGCGCCGGCGGAGGGGCCAAGUACAAGGAGUGCCUGCGCAACCACGCGGCGGCCAUGGGCGGGCAGGCCUUCGACGGCUGCGGCGAGUACAUGCCGGCCUCCCCCGACUCCUUCAAGUGCGCCGCCUGCGGCUGCCACCGCAGCUUCCACCGCCGCGCGGGCGGCGGCCUCGGCGGCGGCGGAGUCACGGCGCCGUUCUUCUUCAGCCCGCCUCCCCCGCCCCCGCCCCAGCACCACCACCACCACCCCGUGCUGCAGGGCUUCGUCCCGUCGUCGGCGCCGAUGCGGCCGCCGCAGCUCGCGCUGCCGUACCACGCCGUGCCCCCCGCCGCGUGGCACCACGGCCUGCUGGACCCCGCCGCAGGCGCGCGCUCCGGGUCGGAGACGCCGCCGCGCGCGGACGACUGCAGCCCCGGGUGCGGCGGCGGGAGCGGGAGCUUCGGGCGGAAGCGGCACCGCACCAAGUUCACCCCGGAGCAGAAGGAGCGCAUGCGGGACUUCGCGGAGCGGCAGGGGUGGCGCAUCAACCGCGACGACGGCGGCGCGCUGGACCGCUUCUGCGUCGAGAUCGGCGUCAAGCGGAACGUGCUCAAGGUGUGGAUGCACAACCACAAGCACCAGCUCGCCUCGCCCACCUCCGCCGGCGCCGCGUCAGCGGCAGCUGCGGCCGGCAUCGGCAUGGGCGUCGGCAUGGGCGUCCAUCCAGGAGCCCAUGUUGGCCCUGGCUCAGACAUUGGCCUGGGCGCGGGCACUGGCCUUGGCGUUGGCAUGGGCGCCGGCCUUGGAGUUGGCAUGGGCAGCGGCCUCGGCGGUAGCAUGGGCGCCGGCCUUGGCGUAGGUAUGGGCGACGGCGACGGCGACGGCGAUGAUGACGACGACACGGACGACGACUCGCCACCGCGGGCCGCCGUGUCGUCCCCUUCCCCCUCCCCCAUCAGCGUCUAG